UCAUGGUGCAACAUGUCUGAAUCGAUUCCAAGUCCAUAUCAACUGCCACCAUUGACAACAAUAGUCAAAUUUCCAUGAUCAACCUCUCCUUUGGAAUUUUUCAUAUUCGGUGAUUCCUUCUUCUACUCAAUUUAUUCUUCCGAACUUUCCUCGUCGGAAUUUUGGCAUUCUAGAGAGAUUGAGUAAAUAUGGGGCAUGGAAGUUCCAAAUCAAGCUCCUCUGAUGACUCUACAAACGGCGGUGGUUCCAAUUCAAAAUCACACACGUCGCGCCGCGAGAGAAUCAAGACGAAGCUUCAUCUUCACCGACAUCGUGAUCGUGAUCGUGAUCGUUCCGUUCGAACUAGUCGCGGUUCGCAUUCUCAGCACCCAAAACUCAGCACUUUGGAGGAUUUUGCCGGCAUCGCUUUGGUCACUCUUAUUUCUGCGGAGAUGAAAUUUAAGGAUAAGUGGCUUGCUUGUAUUUCUAUUGGAGAACAGACGUUUCGCACCGAAAUUUCUGACCAGACCAACAAGCCUACAUGGAACUCUGAGAUAAAGUUUCUUUUGGAAAAGAACGGGCCUCAUGUUGCAAAAAUAUCUGUUUUUGAGACCAACAGACUACGCAAGAACAACCUCAUUGGGCAUUGUGAGGUAGAUCUUUUUGAAUUCCUUAUUCGGGAUUCAGAUUCUGACAAAAAAGUGUUCGAUGUAAUGGAUCCAUCAUCUUCAAAUGUAGUGGUUGGCAACAUAUCACUUUCAUGUUCUAUUGAGGAUCCAACUGAAACAGAGAAAAGUUUUGCAAGACGUAUCUUAUCCAUUGUUGAUUACAAUGGUGAUGGGAAAUUAUCUUUCUCCGAAUUCUCAGAAUUAAUAGAUGCAUUUGGCAAUCAACAGGCUGCAAAAAAGAAAGAGGAGCUGUUUAAGGCAGCUGAUGAAAAUGGAGAUGGUGAUGUCAGCAUGGAUGAACUGGCUAUACUUUUAGCCAUGCAACAAGAAAAGGAACCUCUGAUUAAUCGUUGUCCUGUUUGUGGAGAGCUUCUAGAAGUUUCUGAUAAGCUGAACUCCAUGAUUCAUAUGUCACUAUGUUUUGAUGAAGGCACUGGAAACCAGGUUAUGACUGGGGGAUUCUUAACAGAUAAACAAGCUUCCUUUGGGUGGAUGUUUAAACUCUCUGAAUGGGCCCAUGUCUCAUCCUAUGAUGCUGGCUUGAACUCUGGUUCAAAUGCUUCACAUAUUGUGGUUUUUGACAGGAGGAAAAAGAGGCUUGUAGAGGAAAUAAUUGAUGGAAAGAUUGUAUUAUCAAUGAGAGCUAUUUAUCAAUCUAAAGUAGGGCUUGGAAUUAUGGACAAAGGGGCAAAAGAAUUAUUGCAGAGCAUAUCAGAAAAACAGGGCAAGAAAAUGAAUUCAGCUGAAUCUGCAAAAGAUAUACAACCAUUUCUUAAAUUCUUCAAGGAUCAAAUCAAUAUGACUGAAGUUAAAUACCCUUUGGAUCAUUUUAAGACAUUUAAUGAAUUUUUCAUAAGAGAGUUGAAACCUGGAGCAAGACCAAUUGCUUAUGUAGGACGUGAUGACGUGGCAGUUUGUGCUGCUGAUUGUCGUUUAAUGGCAUUUAAAACAGCUGAAGAAAGUCUCAGAUUUUGGAUCAAGGGUAAAAAAUUCUCCAUCCGAGGUCUCCUUGGUAAUUCACCAUUCUCAGAUACUUUCACUGGUGGAACUUUGGUGAUAUUUCGCCUCGCACCACAGGAUUAUCAUCGUUUCCAUUUCCCAGUUUCUGGAAAGAUUGAGCAGAUUGUCGAUAUACCUGGAUGCUUAUAUACGGUCAACCCCAUUGCUGUAAAUAGCAAGUAUUGCAAUGUCUUUACAGAAAACAAACGUGCUGUUUCUAUUAUAUCAACUGCCGAUUUUGGAAAGGUAGCAUUUGUGGCAAUUGGAGCAACAAUGGUGGGUAGUAUAACAUUCACUAAAAAAACGGGAGAUUAUGUCCAGAAAGGAGACGAGUUUGGGUAUUUCUCAUUUGGUGGAAGCACAGUCAUUUGUGUCUUUGAAAAGGAUUCAAUAGCUUUAGACGAGGACCUUUUGGCUUAUAGUGCAAGAUCAAUUGAAACCCUAGUUUCAGUUGGAAUGCAAUUGGGGGUAUCUGUAAAGAAACGCACACAACUUCCAUUGUCAACAUCAAACGCCUCAUUUUAUGUUGAAACUGCAUGAUAAAAAAUUUGUGUUUAUGGAGAA